AUGAGCGUUAGGGCAGCAAAUUCCAUGAGAACUUCGACAAACGACACAGUGAAACCUCCCUACUCGUAUAUUGCCCUGAUUUCCAUGGCGAUUAACAGCAAGAAAGAUAAACGGAUCACCCUGAGCGGAAUAUACAAAUUCAUCUCGGAGAAAUUUCCUUACUACCGAGACACGAAGCAAGGUUGGCAAAACUCUAUAAGACACAACCUGAGUUUGAACGAGUGCUUCAUCAAAGAAGCUAGAAUCGAUAAAAAAAGAGGGAAGGGCAGUUACUGGACAUUGGAUCCGGAUGCUUUCAAUAUGUUCGAAAAUGGGAGUUACUUACGAAGACGACGCCGAUUCAAAAAAGCGGAUGCAUUAAAGGAAAAGGCAAUGAAUUUACGAAACCAGAGGUUGGUGUCGAACCCGAAUGUCAUGAUCCCGAAGACCCGACCGAUAAGUGAUCAAGACUCUGGAUAUGGCGAGUCAACAGAGAAUCCCAUAAAUGAAUAUGCUUUUCUUGGUGCAAGUCAGUUUACAUCUCCACCCCCGUUACCGCUGCCUCACAUGACCCCUGAGCUAUACCAUUUUUGCCAUUACCCGAGCUGGAAUAUCCAUUGCCAAAACGAUCCUCAGUACGCUACUAACUUUUCUCAAAUGACUUCUGCCCAAUACGCCUAUCAACAACCUGUUUUUCAACACGAUGCAUUUCUGCUUUCGAAUAAAUUGUGA